CCAUAAUGGUAUGUUUUCAGGAAGUGAAUGAGUCCGAAUUGGAAGUCCGAAACGUUCAACCCAUACGUGCUACAACAACAAACAUCUUUAGGACGUUGAUUUAACGUUUGUUUUGGUAGCUAUUAUAUUGUACGAAAGAAAGAUAACAUGACAGGAAAGACAGCGAAAGACCUUUUACAGAUGGACCUAUAUGGUCUACUGGGUAUUAAAGACACAGCGACAGCGAAAGAGAUCAAGAAAGCCUACCGACAGAAGGCCUUGACAUGCCAUCCAGACAAGAACCCAGACAACCCAAAAGCAGCUGAUCUCUUCCACCAGCUGUCCCAGGCCCUAGAGGUGCUGACUGAUGCUGCUGCCAGGGCUGCUUACGAUAAGAUCUGCGCUGCCAAGAAACAUGCGGAGGAGAGGAAUAACAAGCUAGAUGCUAAGAGGAGGAAGAUCAAGCUAGACUUGGAGGCCAGAGAACGCCAGGCUGAGGCCCAUAGUGCAGAACAGUUCCAAAACACCAGAACUCUAGAGGAGGAGAUUGCCCGUCUGAGGGAGGAGGGCUCCAGGCAGCUGCAGGAGGAACAGAGGCUGAUCAAGGAACAGAUCCAGAGGGAGAGAGAGACACAGCUCCACCACACAGGCACAUCAGACUACACAUCUACAGACUCAGCUGUUGGAAGGCAUUCCAAGAGCAACGUGACCCCCAAAUUAAAAUUAAAGUGGAAGUGUAGUAAAGAGGAUGACACCAACGGGGGCUACUCUCAAGACUUCCUUUUUAGCCUUCUAUCAAAGUAUGGUGACGUUUUAAAUGUUCUCAUAUCAAGUAAGAAGCGAGGAAGUGCUGUGGUAGAAUUUGAAACCGUCAAAGCAGCUGAACUGGCAUAUAAGAACGAGAGUGGCCUUACAGCAAACCCACUGAAGAUCUCGUGGCUUGAGGGACGACCUGAAGUCAUCACCCCAGUGGUGUCGCAGGUUCAGCAAACAACUGGACAGUACUUCCCACCUAUACAGGGCGCCCUGAGCAGCGAGCGGGACUACGAGAGUGUGGUGCUGAUGAAGAUGAGACAGGCAGCAGAGAGACAGAGACUUAUAGAGGAGAUGCAGAGAGAGGACGAGGAGAAUGCUGCUUAGUACCAGGCCCAGGCCGGGAUUCAAUCCAAGUUGUGUUGUCUAUAAGCGCCCAGUGCUUGACAUUUUAAAGGUAAUUUCCAUUUGAGCCGACAUCUGCGACCUCCGCGAACGUCUGGGAAAUUGCCUUUUAAAAGACACGUUGUCGGUAGUGCAGGGCACAGCGCUUUAACAAGCCGUUCAAUGAAUCCUGGCCCCAGUCCAGCUCUGCCCAGCCACAACCCAACUCUACUACACACCCGAUGCUUUAGUUUCAUAAAGCACAUCUCGUAGUUUUAUUAUGAAUUAUCUGUUGAAUAAACAUCUCCUUUAUAGAAUGUGUGUUUUCUUGUUUGUCAUUAACUGACUUACUACCGGUACGGCUCCGUUGGUAGAGCAUGGUGCUUGCACUGCCAGGGUUGGGGGGGUUCGAUUAAAAGCAUCUGCUAAAUGACAGUU